GUAAUUUCCGGUGAGUGGGGCCUUUUUUGUUUUCUCGUAUCCGCCAUUUCAGUUUUUGAAGUUAGUUGUCAUCGGCGGCUGGUUUGUGGCUGGAAUUCUGCCUCUGAAUCCAGUUAUAUGUCCGGCAGAGCUAAAGUCUGGCCUCAGACCGAGCGGGAGCCGCUUUUUAUCCGCGGGUUUAGUUUGUGUGCGGGUGAAUUGAUGCGCAUUCAGCCAGCUGCGGAUGUCGCCCGCCUGCUGAACGUGCUCCAGACGCUAAAGUUUUUUGUAUGAGUUGAAGGCUCCGCUGGUGGAGAACGGGAGGGAGAGCAGGGAAGGCCCGGUGAAGCCUCGGCUUUGGAGUGAUUAUCAUGGCCGGAAAUUUUGACGCGGAGGACCGUGGGAGUUGGUACUGGGGUCGCCUGAGCAGGCAGGAGGCUGUGUCUCUGUUGCAGGGGCAGCGGCACGGCGUGUUUCUGGUCCGGGACUCCAUCACCAGCCCCGGGGACUACGUGCUGUCGGUGUCAGAAAACUCUAAAGUGUCGCAUUACAUAAUUAACAGCAUCAGCAACAACCGACAGUCCGGCCCAGGUUUGGCUCAUCCAAGGUUCCGUAUUGGUGAUCAGGAGUUUGAUGCUCUUCCUGCUCUGCUUGAGUUCUAUAAAAUCCACUACUUGGAUACCACCACCUUGAUAGAACCCAUCAACAAGUCCAAACACCCCUCCUUGAUGAGCGCUGGUUCCAACGUAGGCCCCCCGCCACGGUUAGAGGACGAGUACGUCCGAGCGCUUUUCGAUUUCCCUGGCAACGAUGAGGAGGAUCUUCCGUUUAGAAAGGGGGAUAUUCUCAGAGUUCUGGAGAAGCCAGAGGAGCAGUGGUGGAAUGCCCAGAACUCUGAGGGCCGAACAGGAAUGAUCCCAGUACCAUACAUAGAGAAGUAUCGGCCGGCGUCUCCAAACUCGGUGGUGGGCCCCGGCGGGCCUGGAGGACCGCAGUCCGGUGCCCCACUGUUGGGAGACCCUGGCCAGUAUGCCCAGCCCACCCCUCUCCCAAAUCUCCAAAAUGGACCCGUCUAUGCCAGAGCAAUUCAGAAGAGGGUGCCCAAUGCCUACGACAAGACCGCCCUGGCCUUAGAGGUGGGCGACAUGGUGAAGGUGACCAAAAUAAACGUAAAUGGCCAGUGGGAGGGGGAAUGUAAAGGCAAGCGUGGCCAUUUUCCCUUCACACACGUCAAACUGCUGGACCAGCACAACGCCGAGGACGAACUGAGCUGAGAGUGGACCGCCGGUUCACAGCCUGGACACUAGUAUUAGAGCCUUCCUCACUUCCUGCUCUCUGCCACCAUCCCCACCUCUCCUCCUCCUUCCUCCACUCACUCUCACUCCUCCCCGCUCCACCUCAAUCUUUUACUGGCACCAAGUACAGUUUCAUAAAAUCACUGAAAACAACCAGGGCCUUUGUUGGGCCUGCUGUGGUCCAUUUCUUUUUUUGUUUAAAUAAACACACCUGCCUUCCUGCUCUCACUGGCUGCAAUGCAGAAGAUCAACUAAAUCUCUCAUUCCCUUGGUUUGGCAGCAGCCUGUGGACCUCUCCUGUAAUCUGUCCCUGCCGUGGACAGAUUAUCAACGCUCAGUGUUCAGCCACUACUGCUUCCUGUGUCGGAGCCUCUGGAUAGCUGCCGUGUCAUUUUUCAUCCUCAUCUGCCACUCUGGCAACAACGUCCCUAUGGUCAUUUCUGCUGCAUUCAUGUCAGGUGGGAAUACACAGUAACAGUAUGUGUUUCAACUACAGGAAACUAGUAAUCCUGUCAAAGCUCAGCGUUUUAAAGUGCUGCCAUGCACUCUAUGAAGAUACGCUACAGCCUGGACUGUUCAGCUUAAAGACAAACAACUAGAUGUAUUUAUGAUUUUUGACACUGAUGGGAAGCUUUAAAAAUCCAGGGCUCUCGUGAUUUUUCAAUGUAAAAACCUCAAAUUGUGAAAUUAGAUGUAAGAAGAUAAACUUACUGCAAAAUGCUCAA